UAAUAAAAACCAGAGAAAGAGAAAGGCUCACAUUUCUUCUUCUUCCUCCUCACCAAAUCAAUAAAAAAAUACAGAGUCGAUAAUCAUGGCUGCUGCUAGCCUCUCCCUCCGAUCCAUUCCCACAUCUUCCUUCCGCCGUCGCACCUACCACCAACAACAACAACAACAAAGCCGAUCACUUUCCAUCAAAUCACAGAUCUCAACCCCACCAUCCCUAACCCUAUCACAAGACGAUCUCAAAAAACUCGCCGCCGACAAAGCCGUAGAAUACGUCCGCAGCGGCAUGGUUCUCGGACUCGGAACAGGUUCCACCGCCGCAUUCGUCGUCUCCAAACUAGGCGAGCUUCUCAAAUCCGGUCAAUUAAAAGACAUUAUAGGAAUUCCAACUUCCAAACGCACUCAAGAACAAGCCGCCUCUCUCGGAAUCCCUCUCUCAAUCCUCGACCACCAUCCGAAACUCGAUCUAGCCAUCGACGGCGCCGAUGAAGUAGAUCCAGAUCUGAAUUUAGUCAAGGGAAGAGGAGGCGCUCUAUUGAGAGAGAAAAUGGUGGAGGCUGCUUCCGAUCAAUUUGUAGUGGUCGUUGAUGAUUCCAAAUUGGUCGAUGGAUUAGGUGGAAGUGGAUUGGCUAUGCCGGUUGAGGUUGUUCAAUUCUGCUGGAAAUAUAAUCUGACGAGAUUACAGGAGCUUUUCAAGGAAGAAGGAGUUGAAGCUAAGUUGAGAAUUGAAGGUGAGAAACCCUAUGUGACUGAUAAUAUGAAUUACAUUGUGGAUUUGUAUUUCAAGACUCCGAUUAGGGAUUCUUAUGCGGCUGGUAAGGAGAUUUCUGCUCUUGAAGGAGUCGUUGAUCAUGGAUUGUUUCUUAAUAUGGCUACAGCAGUCAUCAUUGCUGGUAAGGAUGGUGUAACCUUGAAAACCAAGUGAGAAAGAUGAGAUUUUUAAUUCAAUUUCCUUUGCAUUUGAUCCUCCUCCUCCUCUUAAAACGACGUCGUUGUCAAGUCUUUUGUUGGAUGAAAGUCUAGUAAUAAAAAUAAUUUUAAUUUUA